AUGGCACCUGGACGUAUCAGUCCCAGGGCUGCGCAAGAGCCAUGGGACACGGAAGAGCAAUGGGAGAACGAUGGGGAGCAUGAUGAGGAAUAUGAUGAGUAUGAUGGGGAACAUGAUGAAGAGUAUGAUGAAGAGUAUGAUGGUGAAUAUGACGCUGAAUUGGAUUCUAACGGCGAUGCCACUGAUGGUGAUGAUGCCACUGAUGGUGAAUGGGACUUGAAAUCUGCAGAUGCGGAGGAAGCAUCUGCACUAGCAUCUGAAGAACUAGAAGCUGAAGAGCCACAAACUCAAGAGCCACAAGAGCCAGAAACUCAAGAGCCAGAAACUCAAGAGCCAGAAACUCACGAGCCAGAAACUCAAGAGCCAGAAACUCAAGGACCAGCUCUAGUCUCCACCGAAGAAGCUCCAGGCAACCCGGGCACCUUGUUAGCCGACGGAGAAGCUUCGUUGCCAAAUAAGGAGGAUAGCGUUCCCAACCUCGACUCAUUUGAUGCUGAUAAAACGCUGGAACAAGCACAUCAAAAGGCUGAGAAUGAGCCUGUUGAUCCGCAAGUUCCACAAGAAGAAAAGUCAAAAUUAACACCAGAAGAGCAAGCUAUGAAGGAUAGAGAAGCAUGGCAAUUGGCGGUUGCCGAUCGCAAAGAAAGACUCCGAGAGGGUCAAAUGGCCAAAAACGAUAGGGCGCGCAAGUUGUUUGAUAUUUUCCAGAAAGAUCGCAAGGAGGAAAAACUCAAGACGCCCAAAAAGGUCGUUGAUGUGAAAUCUGGCAGAUAUAAGAGCCGCAUCAACAAUAGAGGAAUAGUUGGUGAGCUCGGAAAGAAGGUUGCGGGCAAGGUGGUGGAUGCGGUAGCAGAAAAGUUGGCGGAAAAGCUAGCAAGUAAGAAGGCAGGGGCAGAGAAGGAAAAUAAAGGGGAGAUAUCAGAUAAGAAGCCAGGGGAAGAAGUGCUAACUGCAUCUGGACCUUCCAAUAACUUCGUUGAUCAAACCUUCAUGGACAACCUGAUGAAAGCCAUCGAGGGCCCAAAUCUCCCAGUCAUGGAUGGCUUGCCUGGUGUGACUAGCUACGACGAGGAUGCACCAAGCAGCCCCGAGGACCCACGCCGAAUUCACAGAGUUCUUAAAGUCGUUUUGGGCAGCGAUCUCUUUGAGGAGCUUAGCGAACUUUCUUUGCACGACUACGAAGCCCAAGAGCAGGCUGCUCGUAAAGAGCUCGUGAAUAAAGUCGUCUUCGCCGUGAGGGAGAACCCGGCCACUGAGAAGAUCAAAAUCGAACUCUUGGAGGGGCUGCCUGGACUUGGAGACUGUGGACUCCCCCUUCCUCUCAGAAAGCCCGUCGCUAAUGCAGUUGAUCCUUGCGAACUUGCUGAGCUAUGUGCGCCUGAUAUCCUUUGCCCUGCGGCCGACUUGUGCCGGGAGGCGAAUGCUCACAGGCCAGAUAAUGAUAUCACCCCGACAAGCACUGCCAGAGACAUUGCAUCUGAUGGUGCCGAGCGUAAAGUCUCUCCAAUGUUGACACUUCUCAGGCUAUUCAGAGCUGCCAGACUAUCCCCUGGGUCACCCAAAGAGCCCCAACAAAAGACAUAUGAGGGCUUUCGUGGAAUUGGAAAACGCGAUGUAGGUGAAUUUGAAGCCUACAUGGCCGACCUCAACAAUGCUUGCAGCUUCAAUAUGCGGGAAGUUCGUAAGGAGGUUGUUGGAGCUCCUCGCAAAUUAAGUCCCAACUUCAAGACGGUUGAGCACACUAUAACUGUGGCAGGUGCGACCAGUAAACCACUAGGGGAUGAUGAAAAAGAGGAAGGUGCCUCCCUGGAAUCUGAAGAGGAUGAGGAAGGUGCGAAGGACGACUCGGAUACAGAAAACGAGGAAGGCGCGGAGGAUGAAUCAGGUGAGGAAAACGAGGAUAUGCCUGCUUCUGAGAAAUCGACUGCUCGCCACGGCAACCAUAACGGAUGGUUCCCAUCUAUCGUCUACCGUCGGUCGAUCGAACCUGCGCAAGAUGGCGUCCCAGCCGUGGCAGAUUCUCCAUCCGUUCCUGCCGCCAUACUUGCCCCAAUCGAGCCUGUCGUUCCUUCCCCUUUCAGCGAAAACGCCGUGGAUGACCUUAUUGCAGAGACUAUUGCUGUAGCAUCACUUGGACCAGCUCGGCCGCCAUUCACCACCCCUGAGUCAGUUUUCGGCACUACACAGUCCGCUACAACUACACCCACUGGAGGAAUAACUGGAGAAUCGGAGCCAAUUACCACAGAAGCCAAUUCCGGUGCGACAGACCCAACCAUCGCCGGCACCACCCCCGCCAAAAAAAAAGAAAUGGCCUACAAAGCCGUCAAACCCAAGCCCACGCAAACUAUGAGCAAAGAAGCCGCAUCCUGGGAAAAGAAGCAACGCCAAAGAGCGCGUCGCAUCAGGAAGGAGCGCGAGGCCCGCGCCCGCGCCCUGCGUCGCAUCAAAUUCGCCAAGAAGCUUGAGGAGGAACGCGCACGCAAGGCCGUUGAUCGCGCUGCCUUCCUCGAGGAGAUCGGCUACCAGCCUCCAACCCUACCUCAGUACAGCAAGCGCGCGCCGCCAUCGCCGUUGGAGGCGCAUGCGCCGACAUGGACGGGGCAUGGGGUCAAGGAAGAGGAGCAAAGAUGGAGGGCUGGGGAGGGAGGGGUGAGCGCUGCUGAUCGAGAGGAGGCUGCGCGGGAGAUUGCGAAGGUUGCGAAGUUGAGGGAGGCGGAGAGACAGAAGGGUGUGGAGGAUGCGGCGACGAGAGCGAGCGUCGCGGCGCCGGACGAUGGGGUUGGCAACCCGUAUCUAGAUCACAAGUCGUAUUUCCCGGCUCAGGCGCAUGUGGAUGAAGCGACUGGUGUGCGGUUCCCGUACAAGGGGGUUGGAGAUGCGGCGCCGGAGUUGGGGAAUGUGGGGGUUGUGGUAACGAUUCUGGUGUGGAUCGUGUUGAUAGUCGCGAUUUUGAGAUGUCAGCGGCGCAGGAGGGUGGGGUCGCCGGACUGGGAAAGAGAGCGUCGUGGACGGGGGUUUUUGAGGCAGGGCAGGAAGAAGAGGCAGAGUGAAGAGCAGGACAGGGAGAAGUUGGAUGUUUAAUGGUGGAUGUGACGAUUUUUUUGUGUUUUGGAUAUGGCCGUCGAGCCCGCUGGCGGCGUCGGUGUUGUGCACACGCGUUGUAUUAUCCUCGGGGCCGUUGAAAACGCAUCGAGGUAAUCUUCUAUUCUAUCCUGGAUCGUCAAACCCACAUCGGAAUUAUCUUAUGUUCUAUCAUGGAUUGUCGAACCCGCUUCGUCAAAAUCUGUUCGUUCUUUUUCGUGCUUUAGAUCGUCAUUUCAACUGGGUGGUCGAGCUGCUCUGUUCACUUUAACUUUGUUUAAUGGAAUGGGGUGGAAGUGUAUGCCUAGCUUAAUAGUGGUUGGGGAGGGC